GCUGGACGUUGUUACAUAACUGCUUCCGGGUUGCCGAGUGACCUUGAGCCCUGAGGACCGAGAUGGCUGUGCUCUGGAGGCUGAGUGUCUUCUGCGGUCCCCAAGGAGCCCGAGCUCCAUUCUUCCGGACCCCAGUGGUCAGACCUGCCCAGGUCUCAGCAUUUCUCCAGGACCGGUCUACCCCAGGAGUGCAGCACAUUCACCUGUCCCCCCGCCACCAUUCUGCUUCAAAGGCUGCAUCUCUCCACUGGACUGGUGAGAGGGUUGUCAGUGUUUUGCUCCUGGGCCUGCUCCCAGCUGCUUAUUUGAAUCCUUGCCCUGCGAUGGACUACUCCCUGGCUGCAGCCCUCACUCUCCAUAGUCACUGGGGUAUUGGACAAGUUGUUACUGACUACGUCCAUGGGGAUGCAUCACAGAAGACUGCCAAGGCAGGCCUCCUGGCACUCUCGGCUUUAACCUUCGCUGGUCUUUGUUAUUUCAACUAUCAUGACGUGGGCAUCUGCAAAGCUGUUGCCAUGCUGUGGAAGCUCUGACUUUUUUGACCUCAUCCCUUAAAAAAUGAUUGUAUACCUCUUUGCCUCUGCUCUGUUAUGCAGUUCAGCUGACAAUAAGGAGGAAAUAACAGAUAAGUCCAUUGGUGAGAUAUCCCUCUUCUCUUAGUCACAUGGAUAUUUGCAGAAUUUAACCUUUAAGGAAAAGGUUUGAGAGGAAUUACAUUCACAAAAUAGUGAGACUGAGCUCUGUAUUCUCGUGAGAUACUGGGAUUGUCUCCCAGUAUAUAUACAUUAUAUACAGGCUUUUGCUUUUUAAUUUACCAAUCUCUUAAUGGGAACUCAGUUUAUUAGUGUCAGCACAUUAUCAUCAAACCUCUUCCAUAUUUACUCUGGGAAUGACAGACAGUGGGAAAGACUGUUAACUCGUAAGUAAAGAUUUUGUAGAAAAUUAGACUUGUUUAAUUUUCAAAAACUUCUCUGCCUGUGCAGUUGAUGCCAGCUACUGGUGGCUACAUGUCCUAGGGAAACUUUUAAAAUUAAAAAAUGCUGAUAUCUCACCUUACUAAUUUCUAAGUCCUGGGAAGAAGAGCUUGGAGAAUUUUUGAAUAUAGACAAGUUCUGUGUAGAGAAGAAGUGCCCUUGUAGAUGUAUUAAAAUAUUACAGAUUCUAAACUGAUUUAUCCUUCAAAUGUCCUUAAAUAGUCUGCGUACAAAUGUAGAACUAUGAUGUAACAAAUGAUUAUUUUCUUUGGGCAUUUCUAAUGUGCAAAUGUAUUCUAUGAAAAUAACAAAAAAUUGUAAAAUAAAAUGCCAGAUAAAGUAAAUAUGUUCUGGUCUUUUAUGUAUUAAUUGUCCCUUGUUUUUAGGUCCCUGGGUGGUGCAAGCAGUUUGCCCUUGACUAUUAGCUGGAAGGUUGGUGGUUUGAACCCACCCAGAGGCACCACAGAAAAAGGCCUGGCGAUCUGCUUCUAGAAAGUUUUCAGCCAAGAAAACCCUGUAGAAUCAGUUCUAUUCUGUAACAGCACGUGAGAUCGCCAUGAGUGGGAAUCAUCUCAGUGGCAGUUGGUUUGGUUUUGAUUUUGGUUUCUAGUUUUGUUCAUCAGAACUGAGUGUCUUCUGCAUCCACAGCACUUUGGGUAACACUAAAACAAUUAGGACUAAGUGUUUAGAUUUCCUUUUGGGGCUUAACAGUCGAGACAGACACAAAGUACUGUCAUAUAGAAUAGACUUAUACUCAGUAUAAGUUGGUGUGAGUGGAGUAUUAAGAUCAAGUAGGGGCCUCUAGAAGCACAAAUGGUUGAGGGCUUGAUGACUAUCUGAAAAGUUGGCAGUUCAGACCCACCCAAGGGUGCCUCAGAGGAAAGGCCUGGCAGUCUGCUUCCCAAAGGUCACAGCCUUGAAAACCCUGUGGAGCAGUUCUGCUCUGCACACGUGGGGUCACCAUGAGUCUGCAUUGACUUGAUGGCAACUAACAAUAGGAAUUAGAGCUAGGUCCAGGUUGUGGUGGUCUACCGUGGCCAGCUUUUGGAAUUGAAAUUAUAUUCUGUGUGCAUCUAGUCUAGUCUAAGAGUUCAGUGUAAGGUGUGAUGGUUUCUUGUAAGGAUAUAGAGUAACUGUUAAGGGAGGGGAAGCUGAAGCCUGGCAGAGGAAUUGACUGGGCAGCUAAGACAACUAUUGAAGGAUAGCUGGCUAGAAGGGCACAGACAAAGGGUAAGGUGGUCCAUGAACAUCUUUGUACUAGGGGGUUAAAGAUAAGCUCCUCUUAAGCUUAUGGAGCCCUGGUGCUGCAGUGGUUAAGAACUUUGCUGCUAACCAAAAGGUCUGCAGUUCAAAUCUACCAGCCGUUCCUUGGAAACCCUA